ACAAAUCCGUCGUAUAUAUAAUUUAAAUUCAAGUAAAAAAGAGACCAGACAGUGACCCCAUCAUGGACAUUCCUAGCAGCGGAGCCAUAUUUACCCUGGGCAAAUCCCAUCUGGCGGAGAAUACGCAGAGCUACUUCUACAUCAAGAACGAUCCGGUGAAGCGCCUGAUAUCCGGUCCCCAUCAGAGCGCUGUCAUUUGUGAAUCUGGCCGGCUAUUUGUUUGGGGCGAGAACCACUACGGCCAGCUCGGGAUUGGUGGCCAUGGAGGAGCCUCCGGCAGCAGGAAGGGUGCCAGCAACAGCAACAACAACAACAGCGCCAGCAAUGGGGACAUUGUGACCAAGCCCACCUGCGUGAAGGCCUUGAAAACACUGGGAUUAAAGAUUUGCGACGCCGCCUUCGGCAACAACUGGGCCGUGAUGCUGACACAUUCCAAUGAGAUCUUCUUUACGGGUCGCAACAUUUUCCCCGAAGACACCCAUGUGGCCCAGCACUUCACCACCGCACUGGUGGAGCAGCAGACCUGUGCUAUUAUCCGAAAGCCGUUUCGAUUGGAGGAAUUCGACGAUUACCUGUCCAAGAGCGAGGAGACGGACAACUUCAUGGCAGUUCAGGCGGGAAACGAGCACUUUGCCGUGCUAACCAGCACCGGACGGCUUAUUGGCUGCGGGUCAAAUGCCCGUCAGCAGCUGGGCGAACUUGAGGCAGACUACGAUGGACAUCCGGUAGAGAUUCGUCUGGAUGCAAAGGUACAGCAGUUUGCCUGUGGACCGGAGUCCACGCUUGUCCUGACCGCCAGCGGAAACCUUUUCCUCACUGGCCACCUCAAUGAGUUCGUCUUUCCGCGCUUCACUGAGCUGCAGAAGAACCUGCCGCCCACGGAGCAGAUUAUCUUUAUGCACAUAUCCAAGACCAGCGAGGUGUAUAUCGUGACCAAUGCAGGCAGCAUCUACCGAAGCUUUGAAUCCGUGCGGAAUAAGAGCCUGGUCUUCCAGCGCUUCUAUGACUACGACAGCGAGGAGAACGGUCCGAUUUGGAAGCUCCUCAAGGGCUUCUCCUUCUAUGCGGUUCUCAGCAAGGCGAACAAGUUCUUCACCACAUUCUCGGAGAGCGGCCAUCACUUGAAGACCUUCCGCGAGAUCUCCAAGUUCAAGAACCUCCGACUACUGGACAUCGCAGUCGGGGAUCAGCACAUACUCGUGCAGGGCAUACCAAGAUCCUCGAUGUCAUCGGCUACGGUUAGCGGCUCAGCGGACCCACAUCGCUAUACGAGCCGCAGCUUCGCCCUGCAGCCGCCAGAUGCGAAUGGAAACGAGGAGCACGUUAGGUCCCACAGUGGCAGGAGUCUGACCAAGCAAAAGGGAGUGGAGGAGGCCGAGGAGCGAUCGAUGGCAGCCACUGUGGGGGGCUUGGCAGCCGCAGCCGGUGCUGGUACAGCGGCAGCCAUGGAGGCAGUGAAGCAUUUAAGCAAAGAGGAGGAUGCAAACGAAAAAGAAGAGAAAUCUGAGUCCCAGGAUACAAAUGCAAAUGUAGACAGCGAAGAGUCUAAGGCCAAGGAACUCGAAGAAGUUAACGGAAAUGAGGACAGAAAAAGCAGUCCUUUAAAAGAGAUAAAAAAUCAAAUGGAGGAUCAAUCAGCAAUAACUUCUGGAAAUAAGAAACAAGAAAUGGAAGAUUCCAUAACUGAUGAGCAAAAGGAAAAGGAGGAUCACCCAACAAACAAAGGUCAGCUGAAAAUUGAGUCAAUGGAGCCCACAGCACCGUUAGAAUCACCAAUAAAUGAAAUGGCAACCAAGGAAGUAGCUGGUAAAACCAUGGAUUCUCCCUUGAAGGCAUCACCAGCUAAGCAAUCUCCUAUAAAACCCAUGAAUUCCCUGCAGAAAAUGCCCACGCCCCCGUCACACACACCCACGCCCCCGAAAUCCCCAACGGAAUCUUUAAGAUCCAACAAAUCCGCGCAUUCGAUGCAUUCAGUAAAUCCUCAAGAGUCGAUGGUGACGGCGGCGGGUGCUGGCAGCCAGGAGAAGCUACUGCGUCCUCGAACACCAUAUCCCGAGAGCAGCGAUUCCAGCACACCGCAAACGAUCAAGAAGACACCUAUACGGAAUUUCUCGUACGAGGCGGCCAUGGAUCACGAUCAUUUGGAUCGCACCUCGCCGGAGCUGGUGGACAGCUUGGAGACAGUGGCCGAGGUGCCUGCGGCAACUAUUCAGGUCAACACUCCAACGCCGCCCACAGAAGAGGACGAGCAGCUGGCCGUGGAGAUAACCACGACCAAUGACUCAAAGGACAGCAGCAAGGUGAUCAACGAGAUUCGCUUCAUCAACAACGGCGUGGAUGUCACGGCCAAGGUGGAGGAACAAAUGCCGGACACACCGCACGAGAGCUCGCUAGAGGACCUGGAAUCGGAUGGCGAGCAGAUGCUGCACCACGUGGAGGAGCAGGUGGACAAAAUCGUAACAAACACAGAAGAGGCGGCGGCCAAGGCCGGGGAAGAAGCGAUGGAUGCCAUGGACUCCACGCGCAGCUCCAUCCAGACAGCGGUUAGAAAGGCGGCGUACGGCGCCAAGGAUGCCAUGGAGGCUGCCGGCGAACGAAUGGCCACCGGAGCUCGAGGCGCAGUAGGUGCCGUGGGCGGGGCUGUGGGUGCCGCAGGAAAAGGUGCCCAGCGGAUGGCCAGCGAUGCCAUGCACGCCGUGGAGCAGGCGGGCAGCAAUGCCAUGCACGCCGUGGAGCAGGCGGGCAGCAAUGCUGCCAAGGCAGCGUCCGACACAAAGGACUCCAUGGGCAGGGCUAUGGAUUCGGUGACCAGCAAAAUUUCUAGCGAGGUCCUGGGCGCCAAGGAGAAUAUCUCGUCGUUGUUUCAGAUUAAAGCGGCCCGUGAGGCCGAUCCGCAAACCACACCAGUUUCAACGCCGGACGUGUCCUCGAAAGAGGGGGCACCCAAGACGACAACCACGUUGGGAUCCGGCGAAGAGGAUGAGCGAACCACAGCCUCCGUGAACUCGAUACACAAUUCAACAGGGAAUGGCAACGGGAACGGAAACAUCUUCGAGCCGAGCAAUCCCUUUGAGCCUUCGAGCAAUCCCUACGAAGAUCCCCUCGACGCGGUGGUGGAGCGCAGCAAAAAGGCAAUGCAGGACGACAUUCGGGCUAUGCAGAUGCGCGCCAACUCCCACGUGCAGGCGGUCGUUCAGCAAAAGGAGGAGGAUGCCAAGGGCUUCAUGCAACAGAUGAUGGACAGGCUCUCGUGCCGCAACGAAAAGGCGGUCAGAAUCGAAGAUGAAACGCGUCCGCCGGCUGCGCUGCACAACAAGAACACAAACAAGGUGAACAGCGAGCUGAGUUUAAGCAAUGGACAUGGCGACCAGCCGCAGGCGUCGUCGCGGGUCUGCACGAUUUUAUAAAACAAGCACUAACCGCGCCAGCACUUUUUUAAGCAAUUGCAUUUGAUUUUAAAGUACAAUUUACCAAGAAUAAUAAACAAUAAAGCAAAUAAGUUCUGCACCGGGCAGUAUGACCGUAUUUGGGCGGGUUAAAAA